AGCCCAAUUCAUUGUAAUUGCACGUUUUACGUUAAGUGAGGUUGGGUAUGCUUCUUCAAAAAUAUCGGCAUGCAGAAGACUUUUUGAAAGAUGGCGGACAGCAAAGCGGUUAAUUUAGGGAGUAACCUGUGGAGUCCAUUUAAGGAGCUCCUGCGUACCGUGCAUGCUGCCCUCUCACAGAAACUCCCCGACGCCUUCUAUGAACUAGACGCUGCCAUCCGGAAACACAAGCCAGACUUCAUCUCCCUGCUGCAGAAUCCUGCCAAGAAUGCACAGCACCGCCUGCAGAUUCAGAAGGCCGACCAGACAGGCUUGGUAAUCGAAGGUCAUCCCGGAACUAAGACGUUUCCCAAACAGUUCAUAGAUGAGGCUUUGAUCAUCAGCGACCUGUUUGACUUGAACGAGUAUGCUGCUGUGGAGCUCUUAUUAUCUGGGGACCAACAGCAGCCUCAUUUUCCAGGUCUUACCCGAGGGCUUGUUGCUGUCUUAUUGUACUAUGAUGGUCGGAGAAGUAUUGUCAAUGCACUACAGCUUCUUAUCCAGUCACGCAAAGGCCGCACCUGGACCCUAGAGUUGGAGGAUGAGGUCUCGGACCUGACGACCCGCUUCACCGACAAGCUCAUCAAGGAUGGCCUGAUGCGAAAGGUCCUCCGUCUGCUCCUGGAGACGGACGUAGAGAAACAGAUGGACAAACUUGGCCAGGCAAGGGCGCUAGGGGACGCCAAGCACAGACAUGAGGUGAUGGAGAUGCUGAAGGAGAGCCGUUCCUCCCUUGCAGAGUGUCUCUUUGCCUGGGCCUGCCAGUCUGCCCCCAGCAGGCAGGACACUAUCCUUCUCAUCACUCACCUGAGGCAGCACGCUUCCUUAGAAGGAGACGGUACCAUGGAUAAUGUCACCCUGGCUCUGCUCAUGACUUGCCUGUACUGUCUGGAUGUGGGUGGGGCCGUGGAGAGCUGUCCUGAGGAUAGAGAUGAAAUGACCAAGCAACUUCCAGUUCUCAGGGACGCCCGGUUCCUGCCGGAACUCCACCAGCUGAUCGUCAAGGAUGAGACGGCAUGGGCCUGCCCAGGGAUCGCUGCGGUGCUUCGCUUUGCCUGGGCACUGAUGCUGCGCAACGUGGCUCAGCAACCAGAACUUGAAGCUAUGCAGGACUAUAUUGAGGAGGACGAGAUGAUAGUGGAUGAUGCCAUGAAAGAUAACGUCUUCCGAUUCCUGAAAGAUGCCGUGGUGACCUCGAAGAACUUCCACCAGUCGGAGUUUUGCCCACGGAGGCUUCAUAAUCUCUUGACAGACUUCAUUGUUCAGAUGCCACUCAAGGUGAAGGAGAUGCGUAACCGUGGCGAUGAAGCUGGCCGCAUCAUCAUGGCUCAUGAGAGAGAAGGAGUGGAGCCACCUUCCACCCUGCCGCGGCAUUUCCAGGACUUCAUGAAAUUACUUGGUGCUUUUUACGGCAAUGACCCCCUCGGCUUGGAGCUUCCCUUGGAGUAUUGGUGUACAACAGAUCCAAGCAGCAGCCCUUCAGCAAGUGCUACCUACGUCUCACACCCCUACCAGCGCCAGUCACCAAGACAGGCCAGCUUGUUCAAGUUCAUCCGUAUGGCGGGUGAUCUGCUGCCCCCGUCGCUCUACGUAUCGUACAUCGACAUGCUGAGUGGUCUGGCCAACGGGGAGGAGAGCUCCAGACAUUGCUUCAACUUGCUAAAGAUGAACGGCAUGGGGAGUGGUAAGACAAUCGCCAGAUGCUAAAACCAUGGUGGUCCU